ACUUCGUCAUUAACUAUUCCUUUUCUCAUACCCCUUCUUUCAUCAUCUUCUUCCCUUUCUCUCUCAACAUUCCCAUUCCUUCCCUAUUCCAUCGAUCUUCUCUACGCUUUUAUAUACAUAACUCAUUAUCCAUCCACCCUUAUUCCCUCAUCUCUCAACGUUCUAUUUUCUUCUCGAAUAUCACAGAACCCGAUUAGAUCUAUAGAUCUUGUUUCUCCAGAUUAGGACAUCAUGUCGGAAGAACACAGGCUUCAGGAGCCACGGUUAUGCGCUAACGAUUGCGGUUUCUUCGGAAACACCGCCACGCAGAAUCUCUGCUCUAAAUGUUUUAGAGAUCUAAAGCACGAACAGGAGAACUCCUCCACCGCCAAAAACGCCCUUAAGCAGACUCUCGCCGCCUGUGUUGCGUCCUCCUCCGUAUCCUCACCGCCUCCUCCUCCUCCUCCAGCCGAUCUGACUUCAGAUCUGAAAGAAGUCAACACAGAGAAUCCGGGGAAACGGGCAGCGAGCGAGCCCGAGGAGGAGGAGGAGCAGAAGCCGCCGCAAGAUCCUAAACGCUGUUUGACUUGCCGGCGGCGCGUGGGGAUCACAGGCUUCAGGUGCAGGUGUGGGUUCGUGUUUUGUGGAACCCAUAGGUACGCCGAGCAGCACGAGUGCACUUUCGAUUUCAAGCGGGUCGGGAAGGAGAAGAUCGCUAAGGCGAAUCCGAUUGUGAAAGCGGAGAAGCUCGAGAAGAUCUGAAAGAAUUGUGUUUGGUGUAAAUUUAUCAUCAUCAAUUUUAAGCUUUAAUUUGAUUUCUUCUCGGUUUGGUUAUAAAAUGAUGUGUUCUCUUAUUAGUUUUCGAUAAUUGUUUUUACAACCAUUGUUUGAUUGUUCAGUUUAGUUA